AUGAAUCUUGCACUGAUUGACCCUUUUGCCCUUGCUCAAGACUACCCGGAUUCUUUGACGGGGACACUCCGCAGCGGGCAUGCUACGUGUCUCCGCUUCAAUAGGAAAGGCGAUUUCCUUGCGUCCGGACGAGUGGACGGUACGAUAGUGAUUUUUGAUGUGGAAACCAACGGUGUCGCUAGAAAGCUACGAGGACAUAGCAAACAAAUCCAGUCGUUAAGUUGGUCACGAUGUGGACGAUAUCUACUGAGUUCUUCCCAAGAUUGGAAAUGCGUGCUCUGGGACAUGAGGGAUGGUUCGCGGGUUAGAACGGUCAGAUUUGAAGCUCCGGUCUACAUUGCGGAAAUCCAUCCUUUUAACCACUGGCUUUUUGUCGCAUCUUUAUUUGAAGAUCAACCCGUGUUGGUCGACAUCACUUCACUAAAACCGGUGAAACGGAUCCUCCCGUCGGCACCUUUGCGACCAAACGCCGAGAAUGUUGAUCCUACAACAGCUGCAAAGCAAGCUGCCCAAGACGCGAAACAAUCAACAUGUGUUACAGUAUUUACCGCACUGGGAAAUCACAUACUCGCCGGAACGUCAAAAGGCUGGAUCAACAUUAUCGAAACUCAAACAUGCAGAACAAUCCACUCAACCCGGCUGUGCAACGGAGUCGUGAUUCUUCUCCGCCUUUCUAGCAACGGGCGCGAUCUUCUCGUAAACAGCUCAGAUAGGGUAAUCCGAACCAUCCUUAUGCCGGACUUAUCUCAGCUAGGUGUCAACAUAGACCCUUCGGCAAUAAAACUCGAAAUCGAGCACAAAUUUCAAGAUGUGGUGAACAGACUAAGUUGGAAUCACGUAGCCUUCUCUGCUACUGGAGAAUUCGUCACCGCUUCAACGUUUAUGAACCAUGACAUCUAUGUCUGGGAACGUAGCCACGGAUCCCUUGUCAAAAUUCUCGAAGGCCCGAAGGAGGAGCUUGGCGUUGUAGAAUGGCACCCAAGUAAACCGAUGGUUGCAGCGUGCGGACUAGAAUCUGGUUGCAUAUACACGUGGUCGAUCGUGACACCCCAGAAAUGGUCUGCCUUGGCCCCCGAUUUCCAGGAGGUGGAAGAAAACGUGAUAUAUGUCGAACGUGAGGAUGAGUAUGAUAUUCAUCCCGCUGAAGAGGUCCACCAGCGUCGACUGGAUCUAGAAGAUGAAGAACCGGACGUGUUAACGAUUGAGCCUGUCAAGGGAGAAGUGGACGAAGAUGGGGUGGAGCCGUUUCGGAUGCCCGUCUUGCUGGACAUUUCAGAUAGCGAAAGCGAAAAUGAUGUCGUGGCUGUUGGGCCAGGAACCAUGAGGAGAAAAAGCCCUGCCGCUGGAAGGGAGUGGAUGAAUAGUGGGAACACAAGCGAGAAUUUUGACGACACCGACAGCCGCCGGGGGGGUGUCCUUUCAAACGGCGUUUCGAGAGGACCCGGUAGAGGGCGCCGGAGGUGA